AUUCUCUCCCGCAGAACAAUGUCUAAUGGUAUCUUAUCGUAAACAAAGGGAACGCUCUGGAACUUCUCAGAAGUCCAUUUCUUUGUCCAGUUCUCCGAUCGACAAUCGCAGAACAAUCGGACAAGGCUUCCACAAAGGCUUUGUUUUCCACGUAAAACUGUUCGCCCCUGUCCCUCUUAAAUAUGUCCCCCCAAACUCAGCUCGCCGCGCAGAACCUAUCCCAGAACACUGUGCUCGCAUAUCGAACCUGUUCUGAAAAACGAGAAUCUGACGAAGCUCAAAUCAUCCUUUUAGGAUCAACACGGGCAGAACUUGGCCGAAGUGCUAAGAACUAAAGCUUAAGCUUACAUCUGCCUUACUUCAGUGCAUCUUCCCGCAUCUCACAAGUCACCAUGUCUCCUGCCGCCCGUUCCCCAGCCCUCGCUGCCAAAAUCGCCGCCAUGCGCCUCAAAAUCUGCCCCAUAGUGAGCGUAAUUUGCGGCCAAGCAUCCGAGCACUUCCCCGGCACAAUGCUAGAGUUCUGGCUGCUAACAGAGGCCCAACUGGACAGCAUGGCGCACUUCUACAGCCAGAGCACGCCCGACGAGUUCACGAAUCUGUACCCCCGGCCCAUGAAGUGGGACAAGGACUUCCUGUCUAUGGAAACCCCGAGAGCGCUGAGUUCGCGGGAGAAGCGGUAUCGGCUAAAUAUGCAGGAUCGGAUGGCUAUCAAGCGGAGGAAGUUUGCGAAGUUUGUUGGAAUGAGGGGUUGUGAGACGCCGGCGUGGGAGGUUAGAGCCCAUAUAAGGGCAGUGGAGAGUCGGAUUCUGCGGAUAGUAGAGGAGGAAGAGCGGAUUUUGAAGCGGAAGAGAUGUUGACCAGGGCUAGUCCUUUACGUUGCAUGACUGGUGUUUAGCAGCAUCACUGGGAUCAUUAGCAUAUAGAUAUUCUAUCAGGGGCGAUACUGAUGGACAAAAACUUCCACGUACUCUGAUAGGUACGCAAAAUGUAAUAUUCUGCA